AUGAUACGACGAAUCUUUUGCUAUAUUUUCUCAAUUUACUUGGUGGUACAGUACACUCAAGCCUCGUACUGCGGCCAAUCUGCUAUUCCAUUUACUUUUCAGGUUCUUCACAGCGGCUUACCAGUUCUUGGUUGUGCUCGGCCGAAUUGUUUCGGUUGGAACGCUAAUGGCACCCGAGCUGAUGAGACGGCUAUGUUCUACAAGAUUAAUGGCAAAGAAGAUGGUUAUUUGAGACAUUCUGAUCAAGCGGAUCGUUCACCGUACCGAGACCAAGGGAUGGUAGCCCGAGUGGCGAAAUGUCAAGAGACCUAUUCCAAAAAUGGAUGUGAAGAGGGACAAUGGAUAGGUGGAAUCGCCCCUCAGGGCAUAUCACAAGGCUCAGACUUACAGGUAAAACCUGUACCAGAAACCUCUAAGAGCAUGAUCUAUUCCUCUCCUUUUUUGAAGGUCCGAUGUUGCUCGUACGCUCCACUACUUGAAUCUGAAGAUCGAGGGGUGGCUAUGGUGACAAAUGGUCAACUGGUAGUUGGUGGCGAAGUGAUGAAUGGUGAUGCUCUCGAGGGUUUCGACUACAUUGCCGACAUCAAAACCGAGGGGAUCAAGAAUGGCAGGUUUGUUCCGUCCGACUUAUGCCCACUUCAAGAAGGAAAGUCUACGCUGUAUCCAUACGACGGAUGA